UCCUCACAUUCACCAUUAACAAUCGUAAUCCUCUUCUUUACUGCUCUCUCUCUCUCGACCACUAAAACAUGAACGAAGAAGCGGAAGUGAUCAUAGUCGGUGGUGGCCCCUCCGGCAUCGCCGCCGCGGGGGCCCUCUCCUCCCUCUCCAUCCCCUUCCUCCUCCUCGCGCGGGCCGACUGCUUCGCCCCGCUGUGGCAGCGCCACGCCUACGAACGCCUCCACAUCCACCUCCCCAAGCACACCUGCCAGCUCCCGCACGUGCCGAUCCCCGCCGACUGGCCCAAGUACCCUCCCAAGUCCCUCUUCGUCCAGUACCUCCAGCACUACGUCGCCCACUUCCGCAUCAGCCCGGUCUACAACCGGUCCGUUGAGUCCGCCCGCUACGACGAAGCCUCAGGGCGGUGGCACGUGGCGGCCAGGGACGUGUCGGCCGGCGGCAAGGGGGCGGUGGAGGAGUACAGCACGAGGUUCCUGGUGGUGGCGACCGGCGAGAGCUGCGACGCGUUCGUGCCGGAGGUGGAGGGGCUGGGGAGUUUUGGCGGGAAGGCGAUGCACUCGACGGAGUACAGGAACGGGAAGGAGUUUGCAAAGAAGAAAGUGCUGGUGGUCGGGUCGGGCAAUUCGGGCAUGGAGAUCGCGCUGGAUCUAGCCGACCAUGGUGCCAUCACCUCCAUCGUCGUCCGGAGUCCGGUCAACUUUGUAACAAGGGAGAUGUUGAACUGGGCGGUGGUGAUGGUGAAGUACUUGUCCUUCAAUUGGGCCGAGAGAUUGACGAUGAUCGCGAGCCGCCUGUGGUUCGGGGACAUGAGCAAGUUCGGCAUCCCGAAACCCGAGGAGGGCCCUUUCACCAUGAAAAUGAAGUAUGGCAAGUACCCUCUUGUCGAUGUUGGCACUUGCAAGAAGAUCAGAUGCGGAGAGAUUCAGGUUUUGCCAGCAGUCAAAAGCAUAAAAGGCAACGAAGUGGUGUUCGAGAAUGGACACUCGCAUUCGUUCGAUGCCAUUGUGUUCGCCACCGGCUUUAAGCGGCCGACGAAACAGUGGCUCAAGGUCAAGGAAGAGGAUUGCCUGUUGAACGACGAUGGAAUCGUGAAGCCGAGUUGUCCAAACAAGUGGAAAGGAAAGAAUGGCUUAUACUGCGUGGGACUGUCGAGAAGAGGGUUCUUGGGAGCUGCUCACGACGCCCAAAGCGUUGCGAACGACAUCAAGGGGCUUCUGUGAUGUCGCCCGGUAUGGCAAGAGAAUUGCUGCCGAAACCGUUGCAAGACAACUGCAAUUUGAUACAUUGAAUAAAUUAAAAGUUGGGAGACGAUAUUGCACAUUGAACCAAAAUUCAAAAAUUCUGUGUGUCAUUUUCCCUUCUUUUACGAUAACAUGUAGCACACAUUCCUUUAUCAAAACGAUGUUUAUCAAUAGUUAAGACAUCGAUGGAAAUACCAUGGCGGGUAGAUGAUCUUCUUCCAA